UUCUCUCUCACCUAGCGCUACUUGGGCUGAAGGCGCGAUUCCAGUCACCUCGGCUCUGCCAGCAUCGCAGGUACCAUGGCGCAGGAGCUGCAGCACCCCGAGUUUGCGCGAGCGGGCCAGCAGGCGGGGCUGCAGGUGUGGAGGGUCGAGAAGCUGGAACUGGUGCCGGUGCCGCAGGGUGCCCACGGUGACUUCUACGUCGGAGACGCCUACCUGGUGCUGCACACGGCCAAGGCGAGCAGGGGCUUCUCCUACCGCCUGCACUUCUGGCUGGGAAAGGAAUGCUCCCAGGAUGAAAGCACGGCAGCGGCCAUCUUCACGGUCCAGAUGGACGACUAUCUGGGGGGCAAGCCCGUGCAGAGCAGAGAACUUCAAGGCUAUGAGUCUACUGACUUCGUGGGCUACUUCAAAGGGGGUCUGAAGUACAAGGCUGGAGGCGUGGCUUCCGGACUAAACCACGUUCUCACCAACGACCUGACAGCGGAGAGACUCCUGCAUGUGAAGGGCCGGAGAGUGGUCAGGGCCAUGGAGGUUCCUCUCAGCUGGGACAGCUUCAACAAGGGCGACUGCUUCAUCAUUGACCUUGGCACCGAAAUUUACCAGUGGUGUGGUUCCUCCUGCAACAAAUACGAGCGUCUGAAAGCCAGCCAGGUUGCCAUUGGCAUUCGGGACAAUGAGAGGAAGGGACGAUCUCAGCUCAUUGUGGUGGAAGAAGGAAGUGAGCCAUCAGAGCUGAUGAAGGUCUUAGGGAAGAAGCCUGAACUCCCAGAUGGGGACAACGAUGACGACGCCGUGGCAGAUUUAAGUAACAGGAAGAUGGCGAAGCUCUAUAUGGUUUCCGACGCGAGUGGAUCCAUGAAAGUGACCCUGGUGGCUGAAGAAAAUCCCUUCUCCAUGGCAAUGCUGCUUUCCGAAGAAUGCUUCAUCUUAGACCACGGUACCGCCAAACAAAUUUUUGUGUGGAAAGGUAAAAAUGCUAACCCGCAGGAGAGGAAGACUGCAAUGAAGACAGCCGAGGAGUUUCUACAGAAAAUGAAUUAUUCUACCAAUACUCAAAUUCAGGUUCUUCCCGAGGGCGGAGAAACGCCAAUUUUCAAACAGUUCUUUAAGGACUGGAAAGAUAGGGACCAGAGCGAUGGCUUUGGGAAGGUCUACGUCACAGAGAGAGUGGCUCACGUACAGCAAAUUCCAUUCGAUGCAUCCAAACUGCACAGUUCCCCGCAGAUGGCAGCCCAGCACAACAUGGUGGACGACGGCUCUGGCACGGUGGAGAUCUGGCGCGUGGAGAGCAGCGGGAGAGCGCAGAUCGACCCGCAGUCCCACGGCGAGUUCUUUGGCGGCGACUGCUACAUUAUCCUCUACACUUACCCCAGAGGCCAGAUCAUCUACACAUGGCAAGGAGCAAAAGCUACACGAGAUGAGCUGACCAUGUCUGCAUUCCUGACUGUGCAGUUGGAUCGGUCCCUGGGAGGACAGGCUGUGCAGGUCCGCGUCUCUCAAGGCAAAGAGCCCGCUCACCUGCUGAGUUUAUUCAAAGACAAACCGCUCAUUAUUUAUAAGAAUGGGACGUCCAAGAAAGAGGGGCAGGUGCCGGCUCCCCCUACUCGGCUCUUUCAAGUCCGGAGGAACCUGGCAUCUAUCACCAGAAUUGUGGAGGUUGACGUUGAUGCAAACUCAUUGAAUUCCAACGAUGUUUUUGUCCUGAAACUGCCACAAAACAAUGGCUUCACCUGGAUCGGAAAAGGGGCUAGUCAGGAGGAGGAGAAAGGAGCGGAGUAUGUGACUGAUGUUCUCAAGUGCAAAACCGCAAGGAUUCAGGAAGGCGAAGAACCAGAGGAGUUCUGGAAUGCUCUUGGAGGGAGAGGAGACUACCAGACCUCACCAUUGCUGGAAACCCGGGCUGAAGACCAUCCACCUCGGCUGUACGGCUGCUCCAACAAGACUGGGAGAUUCAUUAUUGAAGAAGUUCCUGGAGAAUUCACGCAGGAUGACUUAGCAGAAGACGACGUCAUGUUGCUCGAUGCGUGGGAACAGAUCUUCAUUUGGAUUGGCAAAGAUGCCAAUGAAGUUGAGAAAAAGGAAUCAAUGAAGUCUGCCAAAACAUACCUUGAGACAGACCCUUCUGGAAGGGAUAAGAGAACACCGAUUGUCAUCAUCAAGCAGGGCCAUGAGCCGCCCACAUUCACGGGCUGGUUCUUGGGCUGGGACUCCAGCAGGUGGUAAACCGAGUUUCAUAAAGCCAGCUGAUCUUCUCGCUGUGUGGGGCAGUUUGUACUGGGGAUUUGUUUACUUUUUGUUGUUUGGUUUUAGAAGAUAAGCCGCUGCCAAAUGGAUGGUGUUUUAAAUGACUAGUAUGAGCUCCCCUUCCUCCUCCUCUUCUCCUUGUUCUUUGGUUUUCUUUUUCCUCCUCUUCCUCUUCUUUGCUUUUUUUUCUUAAAGGAAUUGUGUGUGUUACUAUAUUGAAACGGCUUGAACCAAACGUUUGUUUUUGGAUCAGUUUUAUUGUUUUUUUGUUUGUUUGUUUGUUUGUUUUUUGUUUUUGAGACAGGGUUUCUCUGUAGCUUUGGGGCCUGUCUUGGAACUCGCUCUUAAACCAGGCUGGCCUUGAACUCACAGAGAUCCACCUGCCCCUGCCUCCUGAGUGCUUGGAUUAAAGAUGUGUGCCACCACCUCCCAGCUCAUUUUGCUUUUCAUAAGACCUAGAAGUAAAAGACUAUAAUAACAUCUAGGGGAAUUUCUGAGGAAAUUCUCACUCUCAAACUUGACUUCCUACACUAGAGGGCGCUCCAGUGCUCCUGCGUGUUAUCCUUCUGGACAUUCUGUUUGCAGGAUGGUUUAUGUCCCUGCUCGGAUGCCAUCCACUCCCAAGUGUCCUUUUCUGAGACAAGCUUCUUCAGCCUUCUUAGAAACUGAAGUCUUAAGCCCUUCAUGAUAAAGCGAACUGUACUCCUAUCAGUUAAACUUUACAUAUUUGAUAGGAUGUGUUUAAUAUCAUAAAAAUAUGUACUGAAUGCUGUUUUCACCAUUAAAACACAUCUUUUUGGAAAA